AAAGACGAGAAGCCGGGUUGCCGUGAGGAUCUUACUACAGCCCCGCGCACACCGGAUUGAUCAAUUUCACCACUUGGAUCUUAUUUUAACGCAAAAAGGAGGGUUCAGCAGCAAGAUAUUGACAAAGGAAGACGUUUCCGUAUGGGAAAUUACACUUUUAAAAGGAAUUAACCAAGAAAUCAGAACCAAGUUUCGCAUCCCGGGCACUGAAGGGCCAGGACUCUGAGGUAGACAAGGACAUGUACCAGGGAUUCCCCGGUGGCUUUGAUUCUGGCUCCCGUGACAGCUCUUCCCCCUCCGCUGAGUCCCAGUACCUAUCAUCCGUGGAUUCAUUCGCAAGCCCUCCGACCACCACUGCUUCACAAGAGUGCACGGCAGCAGUGUCGGAAAUGCCUGGCUCAUUUUUGCCCACCGUGACUGCCAUCACCACCAGCCAGGACCUUCAGUGGAUGGUCCAGCCCACGCUCAUCUCCUCUGUGGCCCCGCAGCAGCACUCGGCCCCCUUGGCCAUGUCUCAGCAGGGCCACCAUCUGGAUCCGUACGAUCAGCCCAGCACCAGCUACAGUGCGGGUUACACGCCACCCUGCGCCGAGGCUCCAGGGCCUAGUAGGCCCACGCGAGCGCGCACACGACGGCCCCGUGAAGAAACUCUCACCCCAGAAGAGGAGGAGAAGAGGCGUGUCCGCAGAGAACGGAACAAACUCGCCGCGGCCAAGUGUCGCAACCGCCGGCGCGACCUGACUGACCGGCUGCAAUCGGAGACAGACCAGCUGGAGGAGGAGAAGGCGGAGCUGGAGGCUGAGAUCUCGGAGCUGCACAAAGAAAAGGAACGACUGGAGUUCAUGCUGGUGGCUCACCAGCCUACCUGCAAAAUCCCCUUUGAGGAGCAGGAGCAGCUGCAGGGGCCAGAGCAGCACCAGGCAGCUGGGUCUUCCGUGUCCGUCCUGGGGCUGUCUGUCAAAGAAGACCCCUUCUACCUGCCCCCCGCCUACCUGCCUCCCCCCCACGAGCAGCUCCACCACCCCCCCCAGCAGGGGCUGAUGUCAACGGAGGUAGCGUUUUCGAGUUCUUUCUAUGCACACAGCGAGCCUGGGCCCAACCCCUGUUACACGUCUUCCUUUGUGUUCAGCUACCCUGAGGGGGGUGGCACUUGCGGGGCGAGCGCUAACCAACGGACCAGCAGCAGCGAUCAAUCCUCAGACUCUCUGAGCUCCCCUUCCCUGCUGGCCCUGUGAGCGAACAGCCCAGCGAACCACACGCACACGCUCGCUCCCCCCAUCUUCACCGCAUUGUAGAGUUAACCCUGCUCCCUCCCAAAGUAGACAGCACACACAGAUUUCACGCCUGCUACUGAAUUCUCUUCAAUGGUGUGGCUUUGCCGUCUUUUCUCUAUCGUUUAAAGCAAACUCCCAGGUAGUCCUCAAUGACUCCAGCAGUUGGAUCUUCAGAAGAGGAGGAAGAGGAAACCACCCCCAUCACCACUGCUUCCUGUUUUUUUUGACUGAUUGGAUAUGAGUAUAACCGCCUCUCCCUCCCUCCCCCGCCUUCUUCUUCUUCUUUCUCAACCUCCCAGCUCCUGUCUUAGCAAUCUGGGGGGAGAGCUGUGAAAAGGAGGGGCUGGAGAAGAUGGUACAGCAAGGUAUUAUAUGGCUACUCUCAGCAAGCUCAUGCACAGCUAGUGCUGUUACUCGCGUGUUUUCAAAGUCGGCUUGUCAAGGAGCGAGCAUCCUGCAAUCUUUAAAUUUGUGUGACUAACAGAUAAGAGCGAUCUCGUGUGUUGAUCUUAAUGGGUUGAAAUAUAAAUGUAUUUGUCUGGAACAAAUACCCAGUUACUGUGUGCAAUGCCCUUCAGCACAAUGUCUUCAACCUCUUCACCGCGGCUUGUAUAUUUAAAUAAAGCAUCUUGCCUCUCA